AUGGCGCAACAACCGGAAGUGGUCGAUCUCUCGGUGGGCGGAGCUGGCGAUGACGACGCCGACACCGUGAUCUCCUCGCUGGCGGCGCGCUGGCUGCCGUAUGAGCGAGAGAUGGUCGAGGAGCUUUAUGCGCAGGACGGCGUAUUGGUGCUGGGCCGCGGCCUGGGCCUCCUGCGCGUGCUGGCGAGCUUCGUGCGUCUCUACUGCUCGCCCCGCAGCCUCGUGCUGUGCCUCAACGCCAACGAGCAGGCUGCGACGCUGCGCCGCCUGGUGCAAGCGCUCGGCCUCGAUCGUCGGCUGCUGCCGCGUGUGGUGGACGCUCGCAUUAACUUGAACGAGAGACAGCAGAUGUACAAGCGCGGCGGCGUCUUCUUCGUGACGGCGCGUAUCCUCGUGGUGGAUCUGCUGUCCAACCACGUGGACCCAGGCAUCAUCAGCGGGCUGCUAGUGAACGACGCUCACCACAUGACAGAGACGUCCAUUGAGGCGUUCAUCCUACGACUGUACCGUGAACGCAAUCGUGAAGGGUUCAUCAAAGGUUUCUGUGGCGACAGCGUCGCGCUCUCGUCGGGGUUCAACCGCGUGGAACAAGUGCUCAAGCAUUUGUACGUGCGGAACGUGUUCCUUUAUCCGAGAUUUCACGUUGCGAUUAACGCGUGCUUGGAGAAGCACCAGCCAGAAGUGUACGAGAUUGAAGUGGCGUUUUCACCUUCAAUGAAGAUCAUGCAGGAGGCGCUGCUUGUGGCGCUUGAGGCUACGGUGAAGGAGUUGCAACGCAGCACCAAGUCACUGGAUGCGGCGGACCUCACAAUGGACAAGGCGCUGGCCAAGUCGUUCAGCAGCUUCAUUCGACGACAAUUGGACCCGUUGUGGCAUAAACUGCCCGUCAAAACGAAGCAACUCGUGGGAGAUCUCGCGACGCUCCGUCAAUUGCUGGCAUAUCUCCCACGUUAUGACGCCAUCUCGUACUACUCAUUCUUGGUGAACUAUCAAACUAUGAACGGCCAGCAGCGCUUUCCGUCGCCGUGGUUGUUCACUGAUGCUGCAGACCGCCUUCUGACUGCAGCGAAAGAGCGCCUUUGCCAGAUUGUGAAUUCUACGACCAAGAAACCGGUAAAUCUUCGUCAGUUUACUGCAAACUCGAAUGCAGCAGACAGCGCUGAGCUUAAACUAGUGCUCGAGCAAAACCCCAAGUGGGACGCUUUGAAAGAAAUCCUGGACGAAGUGCAUGAUGAACAGCAGCGUAAGCAACAGAAGAAAAAGACCAACGACAAAGAUAAGCUGGCUGUUGGCGGGGCCAGUGUUCUGGUAAUGGUCAAGGACGAGCGUACUUGUGCUCAGCUGCGUGAGUUCCUCAGCUUGGGCGCGCAAGAAAUGAUGCGGCGGCGUUUCGGUCACUACUUGCUUCAGAAGGAAGCAACGCUAAAGCAAAAAGGUGGCAAUUUGAGCUCACUUGGACUCGAACAGAGGCUGCUGUUAGAAGCUGCAGCAAAGUUGAGGACAGAUGAACUCUACACUGAGGAAGAAACAGUCGUGUCAUCAGGAUCUAAAGGCAAGCAGAAGUCUAGUGCAGCACAAGGCAAAGCGAAGAAGCGUGCUCGGGAGGAGUCCUCAGAAACAAGCUACAGUGAUGUCCAGGUUCAUACCACUGAAGUUUCGAGUUUUGGAUUAUCAGCAGCAGAACUAGAGGCUAUUACUACUGCGAGUGAGAAGUCUGAAAAGGAUGGCAAGUCCAAGGCGUUUUUCGAUGGCCGUCUUCGAGCGGCAUGUUGUCGUCGGGAUGAACAGUCUGGAACCUCGAACUUGUCCCUUGAAGUGGUUGAUCCUUUGGACAGCGUUGUGCUGUGCACAUACGAGCAAGCUACUCAACACGGAUAUGGCGCAUCGGCGUUUCUGGAAGAUCUCAUGCCCUCCUGUAUCGUGUUAUAUGAUCCCGAUAUGGCGUUUAUCCGCGAAGUUGAGGUAUUCCACGCGACACACGUUGCCCCGCUUGAGAUUUAUUUCAUGAUGUACGACGAAAGCACAGAGCAGCAGUCCUACCUGAGUGAGAUUCAGCGCGAAAAGCGUGCAUUCGACAAACUCAUCCACCAGAAAGCUCACCUGAUGAUGCCAGCGAACGUGUACGACCUCCCUCUCCACAUGAAGCUGAGGCAACAAACUGUCGAAUACAGUAUGGACACUCGAACCGGCGGGCGUGCCAAGUCGCACCGCGGUGGCGUCAAAGUUGUUGUAGACGUCCGCGAGUUCCGAAGUGCCUUGCCAUCCAUGCUGCACAAAGAGGGGCUCUUCGUGCUGCCUGUGACGUUGGAAAUCGGCGACUACAUCUUGUCGCCCGAGAUUUGUGUCGAGCGUAAGAGUAUCAGCGAUCUCUUCGGGUCCUUAAACUCUGGGCGAUUGUUCAACCAAGCUGAGAGCAUGCGGCGUUUUUACAAAACCCCUGUGCUCCUGAUUGAGUUCACUCAAGGCAAGGCGUUCUCUCUGCAGGAUGUGUCCGAGCUUGGGUCUGAGAUCACUGCGACCAACAUCGUCUCCAAGCUCACGUUACUGAUUUUGCACUUCCCGUCGCUGCGAAUCCUGUGGUCGCGCUCCCCGCAUGCCACCGUGGACCUCUUCAAGAUAAUCAAAAAGUAUCAAGACGAGCCCGACAUGGAAGCCGCUGCUGCGCUUGGCAACGGUUUGCCUAUGGACGAUAGCGGUGCUCAAAACAAUAGUGGCGAGGGCAAGCUAGCAUCCAACUACUACAACACCAGCUCGAUCGAUGUGCUGAAGAAGUUGCCGGGCAUCAAUGAGCACAACUUCCGGAAGGUACUGGCGAGCGUCAAGAAUCUCGCCGAGCUCAGCCGCCAGUCACUAGAUGAACUCACAGAGCUGCUGGGCAAAGCGAACGGUAAGAAGCUGCACACCUUUUUCAACAGCACCGCGUAG